AUGAAGAACUUUGGCACCCUCGCAGCUUUCGCUGCCGGCGCACAAGCCCUAGUUGCUCGUGAUGAUAGCUGCUGCUUCCAUCUUGAUGCUUCUGGUGAUAUGACUGGCUCCGUUGGCCAACUGAGUGAUGGCCAGAACCGUAUCGGUGAUAGUAGCUUGUCUCCCGCAGAGUUUUGCAUUAGCCCCGACGGCACCAUUACUGAUGGCAAUGGCCGAGGCUGUAUCCUGACCCCCCCAACCACCCAGCUCCAGUGUGAUGUUGGUGCCACUCCCACCCCAGGCUUCUCCGUCAACCCUUCUGGAAUGCUGGAGUUCAACGGCAACCCAGACUUUAUUGCCUGCGAGACCGGUCAGAAUGGAGGUUUGAACAUCUACACCACCGAUAGCUCCGAUCUCAGCAAGUGCAGCAAGAUCAUGCUGAAUGCCGAUUCCUGCGCUGCUCCUGCUGCACCUGCUCCUGCCCCGUCGACUGGCAACAACUGCCCUACCACUUUGACCUCAGGCAACUUUGAGUUCCCUCACUUGAUUGUCCCCAUCGACUCCAAAUCCCCCGAUCAGGCAUUCGGCACCCAGUUCAACGGCACUGUGACGUCGACUACCUCAAGCAUCUUUAACUUUGAUAUUCCUCAGUCUGACUCUGGCAAGACUUGCAGCCUGGUCUUCCUCUUCCCCGAACAGAAGGAUCUUGUUACCUCGGCUUUCAGCUUCAGCGGGGAUGGAAAGAUUGACGUUGCUAAGCUCUCCAAGCCUGCCGAUUCCAAGACCACAUUCAACAACGCCCCUUCAGUUGAUCAUGAUCUUGGCGAUAUCACUGUCUCGCCUGGCAACUCUGUUGUUGUUUCAACCUUCUCGUGCCCUGCUGGCGAUGCUGUUGCCUACGAGCUGAAGAACGCUGGUAGCACUGACCUCGACUUCUUCCAGGACUUUAAUCCCUCCCCUAUCGGUCUUUUCAUUACUGUCUGUUAA